AGCGCGCGUCGGCUGAAAACGAAACUCGGUUUGGUCCGAAGGGAGACAUUUUUUAAUCGUUUUCUGCGCGCAGAGUCCGGUGCCAUGAGCCAGUUCAGCUUCGGCAGCACCGCCCCGUCUGGCGGUGGUUUCAGCUUCGGGACGCCGAAGACAACGGCCGCCACCGGCCCUACGGGCUUCUCCUUCACCUCCUCUGCCCCCUCGUCAUCGGCCAACUCCGGGGGUGGCUUCACCUUCGGGACGCCGGCCGCGGCCCCCGCCAGCACUCAGCCGCCGCCCCUCUUCUCCUUCACCACGCCUACCACCUCGGCGCAGAGCUCCGGCUUCAGCUUCGGCGCGCCCACUCCUGCAGCCCCAGCAACAAGCAGCGUCUUCGGGCUCGGGGGGAAUGCACCCAAGCUGAACCUGGGCAGCACUGGAACAGGACAACCUACUGGGAUUACAGGAGGCUUUGCUCUGGGCAAUAGUAGUGGACUGGGUGGCACUGUAACAACUAGUGUACCAGCUAGCCAGCCAGCAGCUUCUUCAGGCUUUGUGUUUGGCUCCACCACUGCUGCUACACAGCCUGGCACAACUGGAGGUUUCAGCUUUGGCAGUGGAACAGCAGCCCAGUCUGGGACCCCCAACUUCAGCCUUGGUUCAGUUGGGAACUCAACACAGCAACCAGUAGCCACAGCGUUGACCUUUGGAGUUGCCCCAGCCAUAGUCAGCACUGCUACGACCACAGCAGCUGCAUCACAACCUGUUACGGCUUUUAGCCUUGGAACACAACCUGCAGGUUCAGGCUUUGGACCUCUCGGUACUGCAGCAGCUGCCACCUCUGCCCCUACAGGAACGCUGAGCCAGGGUCCCACCUUGUCAUUUGGAGCCAAACUUGGAGCAGGUACAGCUGCAACUUCGACGGCAGCUUCCACCACGACGACACCUUCCCUCCUUGGGCUGUGUGGACCAACACUCUUUGCAUCCAUAGCAAACUCCUCAGCUCCAGCUCCCUCUGCUGUUAACAGCCUCUCGCUUGGUGCUUCUUCAUCUGGGACACCCACUGCGGGGACUGUGGGAUUUGGCACUAAAGUCUCUGGGAUGACAACUACAGCAGCAGUAGCAGCCACUACAGCAGCCAGUACAACAUCUGCUCCCAGUGCUGGAUUCACAUUAAAUCUGAAGCCACCAGCCACAACUGCUACUGUGGCAUCCACAUCUGCUGUUGCCACCACAACAGCCACAGCUCCUCCAGUGAUGACAUAUGCCCAGCUGGAGAGCUUGAUUAACAAGUGGAGCCUGGAACUGGAGGACCAGGAAAAACACUUCCUGCAGCAGGCCACCCAAGUCAAUGCCUGGGACAGGACUCUGAUUGAGAAUGGAGAGAAGAUCACAUCUUUGCACAGAGAAGUGGAGAAAGUGAAGCUGGAUCAGAAGAGGUUGGACCAAGAACUAGACUUUAUUUUGUCCCAGCAAAAAGAGCUGGAAGAUUUAUUAAUCCCCCUUGAAGAAUCUGUGAAAGAACAGAGUGGGACCAUUUACCUGCAGCAUGCGGAUGAGGAGCGGGAGAAGACUUAUAAACUGGCUGAGAAUAUUGAUGCCCAGCUGAAGCGCAUGGCACAAGAUCUGAAGGACAUCAUUGAGCACUUGAAUACUUCUGGGGGCCCUGCUGACACCAGUGACCCACUUCAGCAGAUCUGUAAAAUCCUCAAUGCACACAUGGACUCUCUCCAAUGGAUUGAUCAGAAUUCAGCCCUGCUGCAGAGGAAGGUUGAGGAAGUGACCAAGGUUUGUGAGAGCCGACGCAAAGAACAAGAACGCAGUUUUCGGAUUACAUUUGACUGAAGCUGACCGUGUGGCGUUCCAGUGGCACUCCUCGGAGUAUACAUCAGAUAGCAUCAGACAGCAAUGUUGAACAAGUUAUAUAUGUGCUUGAGUUGUGAUGCCUCCU